AUGGCCGCGUCCACCCUGUCCGUGUGCUCCAGCGCCCAGAGCUAUGAGCGGCUCUGCCUGCCCGGUUCCUGCACCGGCUCCUGCUGGCAGGUGGACGACUGCCCAGAGAGCUGCUGCGAUCCCCUCUGCCGCGCCCCCAGCGGCUGUGCCCCGGCCCCCUGCCUGACCCUUGUCUGCGCCCCAGUGAGCUGUGUGUCCAGACCCUGCUGCCAACCAGCCUGCACCAGCCCCUGCACGGCCUCGUGCCGCCAGCAGUCUAGCUGCCCCCCCUGCCGCACCUGCUCCCCCUGCCAGCAGGCCUGCCGUGUGCCCGUCUGCUGCACACCUGUCUGCUGCACACCUGCGUGCUGCGAGCCCGUGUGCUGUGAGGCCGCCCCCUGCUCAGCCCCCUCGUGCUGCCGGCCCACCCCCUGCCCCUCGUCCUGCCGCAGACCCUCCUCCUCCGUGUCCCCGCUCUGCCGCCCCACCUGCUGCCCCGCUGGCUGCGUCCCCGCCUCGAACCCCUCGACCAGGGUGGACUGCGGGCCCUGGGCGCCUCCUCUGCGGGUGGGCAGCUUGAAUCCCAUGCCCCCGGGGCGGCAGCCUGCAGACAUCACCACCCUCCUCCCGACACCAGCCCAGCCCCACGCCACCGUGUGCCACACCAGCUGCCCCUCGGGCUGCCAGGCUGCCUGCCGCGUGCCCAGCUCCUGCCAGCCGUCCUGCUGCACGUCCAGCCCCUGCCAGGCGACCGGCAUGCCCGUGAGCUGCAAGCCAGUUGUACACGUACCCGUGAGCCGCAAACCUGCCGUAUGUGUACCCGUGAGCUACAAGCCUGUGAGCGUGGCCUCCUCCUGCCGUUCCCCUGUGCGCCGCCAGCCCUCCCGCCCCACCCUGCUCUGCAGACCCGCCCCCGUAGCAUCCCUUCCGGCCUCCGAUCACGCGGCUCCUCCCAGCUGCUCCCAGCGCAGACGGGGUCGCACCUGUACCCCUCCCGGCACGAGUCCUCGGUGGGCCUCCAGGUUCUGCACGUGGCAGACGACAGGCACGCUCGGCCAACCCUCUGAACUCGGGCGAGGAGGAGGCAGGAUGAUCUGGGCCCUUCUGUGA